CUUAACACUACACACAAAAAAUACAAAAAACUAUAAAAAUGCCCAAAAAAGGACCCUCUGUCGAGGGAAACAGCAACCAAAGAGCUGCAGGAUUACCCUCCUUUGGCCCAAAUAGACAGAAUUUCAAAGAACUUUUGGUCAGUACGGAUCCCUUGGAGAUUAUUCACAGCAAAAUAGAAGAGGAAUGCAGGAGGAAUAGACCAGAACCCAUAGGUAAACGUACUCCAUGUCUUCCGGACAUUAGCGUUGGGGAUCUACUCACCAUCGAGGAAAACCUGUCGACUUUCAAGCAGAAAUUCCUCGAAGAAAAGCACUUGAAAUCGGCCAAAGUGGGAGAGAUUAUGCCCACACAAUCCAUACCAAAUCAUGUGAACAAUUUGAGUCAGACCUUUGGCCAAGUUAAGACACCAUCGGAAUCCUUGUACACCACCAUAAUGCCAUUAAAGUCAGACGAACAGGUUAAUAGGGAAUAUGCCGAAUUCCAUAGAGGUUACAUUGUCAGUCACAAUCAUUUUUUUCCAUCGGAACAGAUUAAUCGAGGUUACAUAAAACCCUUUGAGAGAUAUGAAACCUUUGGCAUAAAACAAGGUUGUGAGCCCAAUGGUUUCACAAUGAAGAAAUGUAUGGCACAAAGUGAUGAGCAUUUGACCGUGGUCAACAAAGCCUGGAUGGAUUAUGCUCAACGUACUCGUGCACCUUUGGGUAAAAAAUAUGGAAAAUACCUAGACAAAGUCCCGGACAUUACCUUUGGCGUUUGUAUUCGUGGAAAUUGUCUCAAGAAAAUGCAAUUACAAAAGGAUGAUACCUUGGUCAAUGCUAUUUCCUAUUUACUCGAGCUGCGACAUAGUUUGCAAAAGCGGAAUGAUUUCUACAUGAUUGAUCUAAUUUCCAAGCUGGAGAAGAUCGACAAGGAGAAUACAGGACAUAUGCCCCUCUCACUUAUUCUGGAAACCAUGUUUAAACUCCACAUCCGGUUGAAUGUACCCAAAAUCCGCAGAGCUUUGUCUCACUUCCGGAUGAUCAUCGAUGAGGGUUGCGCCACGGAAAAUGUGAACUAUCACGACUUUUGUCGACUGCUCUCUGUCCAGGAAACCCUGCCCCCAGUGGGAAAUAUUGGUGUUGCACCUGAGAUUAUGUACAACAAGGAGACAACCUAUCGUCUAUUCACCAGCGAUCUUUUGAAAAAACCCGUAGAGGGUCCAACUUAUAAAAAACCCAGUCAAAAUCUUGAUGAUGUGCAGCUUAGUGAGAUUCUGUUUCCUAGUUUUUCCAUCCAAAUUGGUCUGGGAAACAGUGAUUUCAAUUGUCCGCGAGACAAGGCCCAGAUGGAACGUAUAUUUGGGAAUAUUAUAUCCACAGAGGAGUUUGAAACCAUUUGGGAAUGUCUCAUGGCAGAGCAAAAGGAAGCCAAGGGACAGGAUGGCUUGGCAUCCGUGAGUCAAUUCCGUGCCAAGAUGGAAAAGAAAACCCCACCUGCCAAUUGAUUGUACCAUAAAUAACAC